AUGUUUGAACCGUCACCUACCGAUCACCAACAACAGAUGUUGGGCGGAAUCGCUCUUAGUAAUGUACCUGUAGGGUCUAACAUGGGUUCAGCACUUGAUGAUGAAGUGCCCCAACAGAAGUUUGACAACAUUCAAGAACUAUACGAUCAAUACCACCCACAGUAUCAACAACGACCACAUGCUCAACAACAAACUCAAUUUUCUCAUUUAUUGGCUACAAACAGUAAUCCGCUUCAGCCGCUGCAGCUGCAGCCCCAAUAUGUGCAGUCAGUCGGAGCACCACCUCCCCCACCGGGCCAUCAAGAUGUGUUCAACUUCAAUAACAGUAGUAUGUUCAACACCACAGAGACCGCUCAGGCCACUCCGUCUUCCACUGGCACAUCUGUGCAAUCGUACACACCAUUGUUACCACAACAACAAUCCCCCUUAGUAUACCACCAACACCAACCACAUCAACAGCCACAACUCCAACAGCGCCAGUCACCUUACAUGAUGUCAUAUAACCAGUUACCCAAUGUUCUGCAACCACUUGGUGUUGAUUAUUAUAGUAGUAACAAACUCACCUCUACAUAUGCAAAGAAUGACUACAUUAAGCCGGAAGAAAGCAGAAAGGGUUCCAUUAGACUGGUUGAUGAAGAAGACCUCCAUUACCCUGGUGGUAAAAGAAGGUAUAGGGUUAUCAGGGGAGUUUCAGCUGGUGGCUGUGCCACAAGACCCCCAAAGAAUGGAAUCUCUUCUGAACAUUUCUAUACCCCAGUGCAAUUGGACUUGGUAUCUGCAUCUUUAGAUGAUUGCUGCUUUCCUAAGUGGUCGAAUGAAGAAAAGACCGAUAGGAGAAGAAUAAUUCGAAUUGAGAGAACCCAAGAGGGUCCUCGUUUGGUUGCCAAGUUUUCUAUUGUUGGAGCAGCUAGUGAACAUCCAACUGCAUUACCAGCAGGUCCAGAGACUGACGUUGUUGAAGUAAGUUGCUUGGAAUGUGCUGUCCUGCAAGAAGACGAAGAGUCUCAAGAGAGCGGAGGGGAAAGCCCACAAGGCUAUGGUGGAUCUUCAUCGUAUGGUUAUUCAAAUUACGACAGAAGCACGCUUCGCCAUAAUUCUACUACGGAUGAUAGCUUCGGGAACAGAUAUUACUAUUAUAUCACAUCAGUGGAAGUUGUGGAAAUUGUAGAGUUAUUAAUUGGAACGCAACUAAAGGACCCAGCUGAUAGAAGAAAAGAACGGGGUAGAGUUAGAUCUAACUUGGUACCAUUCUGGUCCAAGAAGCCUAUACUGUCUAGAAUGAAUGAGAACAAUGCAUCUCCAGACUUUAGAGCUGAAUUGGCUAAGAGAAUUAUGGCUUAUGACAUCAGGAAGCCAAGAGGAUUCGAUAAGGAAGUGAGAAUCUUGAGAUGGGACAAAUUGGUACCUGCUCUCAAGAGAGCCUUACAAAGCUAUUACGCCGAAAUUCCAGCACAAGAUUCUCAUUUGUUUACGAACUAG